AGUCUCAUAUUAUAUUGCAUUAUUCUGGAAAACGACUAAAUUGACAAUCAAUAAUAUCAAUUCGAUUGAAUAAAUUAAGUGUUUUAUAGCAAGAGAAAAUAAUAUAAGUGCAAGCUCGCCGCUUGCUCGUCUGUUCAUGACGAGUGAAUGUAAAAACGAAGCGCCGACAAGCACAUUUUUGCAACUAAAGCAAUUACCAAAUUGAAGGUGACAAAUAGAAAACCCAAAGACAUUAAAAUGUUUACAACUCGAAAGGAAGUGGACGAUCACGUCCACAGGAUGCUCAGCAAGUUGCCGUUCGGCUCUGAACGCGAUAUCAAAGGACUGACUGUGGCCAAGCUCUACAAUAAAAUUGGGGAGUAUCCUAAGGCCAUUGAAUACUUAAAUUCCUAUCUGAAGAUCAAGGACGAGCCCUUGGCACACAAAUUAAUUGCGCAUUGCUAUAAGCUGCUGAAAACGCCCGAUCGAAACAAAGCGCUACACCAUUACCAGCGCUGCAUUCAGCUGAGUCCACGGCAGGUGGAUGUGAUUAAGGAGGCCUGUCAGUUGCUUCUAGAUGACGAGAAUAGCAAAGGAGGCGUUUACAGUGACGAAAAAGCCAAAUACUGGUGCGAGUUGGCCACCAAGGCUGGUUUGGCCGAAAACGAUUUGGUUUACGCUCUAAAUAGCAAGCUCGCGCUCAAGGAACAUAAAGGCGGAGGUGGCAGUGCAGCAAAUAACGGCGAGGAGCAUAGCAUGGAGAUGCUGCUGCUUAAGGAGAUACAGUCACGGCCACAGGAUAUGUCAGUGCGUGUCCGCCUGUUGCGAAACUAUGUGGAAAAGCGUAAGCUGGAUGAUGCCUUCACCUACAUCCAAAAAAUAGAGCACGAAAUGAACACUUCAGGUGCGAGCAGCGAUUGGCACAAUGCCGUCUGGAUGGUGCUCAGCAAAAUUGAGCAAAUUAAGGACACGAAGCGGGAUUGGGCCUUCUGGCAAAUUACACUACACACACUCGAACGUCUCAUCUAUUUAAGUUUGGGUGGUGACGAUGGCAACACGGGCAUAAGCCUCCCAGAGUCCAGUGGCAUUCUAUUCAAGUUUGACCAGUAUCUGCACAAAUUUAGUCUGAACUUGGAGCGUCGGCCGCAGGAAACGCCGCAAAAUGAGCUCCAAAACUACUGUUUGGAACAUUAUGUCGGCCAAUUGCUAUUGCAUGCCGCCACAUUGCUUAUCAAGCGUGAGCUGUUGAGUAAUAAAAACAAAUGGCGCGACACGAUGCGGAAUGUGUUGCCAUUGCUCUUCCUCGGCUAUCAAAUAAAUACAAUGGGCAGCAAGUCGAAUCAUUGGAUAAAACACUGCGAAAGCAGUGCCAGAAAAUUGAUAGAACAAUGGCGUUUGGAGGGCGCCUUUCGAAGAGCCCAAUUGGGUCGCACGCUGUUUGGUUGCGUGCAGGAACAACAGAGCGCCACCGUAGGCCAGGAGAACCAGUCGGAUUUCAAUUUAAUCGAAUGCUCGCAGCCCACAGGACUCUGGCAGAACAGCGAUGACAUACUCUCCUUUGUACGUCAGAUAUGCCUGGAAAAGACCUGGCGCCGUCAGCUGUUCCAAACACUCUUUACACACGCCGAGCAAAAGCUGAAAGAACAGAGCUCCAUGCUCGUCCACUACGCGCGCCUCCAAGAACCGAUGUACACUUGGCCGUCUUUGGCAGAGGUUGAGGCCAAUGAGCAGCAGGCACUGGCACUGAGGCCCCAAUCCCUCUCACAUCAUGUUUAUCUGGCCAUGUGCAGUGAGGAUCUUGUGGAAGCGCCACGUAUCACCUUUUAUGAGGGCAUGCCCGAGGACUGCAAGCAGAAUUUGAGCUAUUGCGGUCCCGAUUCGCUGUCUAAAUUGGACUUGGACACGUUUCUAUAUGCCGUUGUGCUGCAGUCCCAACGUAAGCUAGAAGUGCAACGCGCAAACUAUGAUAGUUACAAUGUAGGCAGUCGGAGUGCUACCGCCAAACCGCACAUGCUGCCCUUUGUGAACAUUGCCGCCCAACUGGCCACCGAUGAACAACUGAACUGGUGGACUCUGGCGUACAAACUGCACACGCAUGCCGCUCUCGAAGGUAAUCGCGCCGAGCAACGCACGAUACUUCAGUAUGGUCUGGAAGCAGUGCGUGGCAUCAAUGGACCUCGUGCCGAUCUCUACAUUAUAUUCCGUUUGGGUCAGUUGCUGGCGGUUCGCGCACAAGGUGUCGUGCACGCCGCUGCCCCGGAACGUGUCAGUUUGGAGGCACGCGCUGAGUCGCUCUACCUUCAAGGCUUUAACAUGUUGAAGCGCGAGCAUAUGCAACAAUUUGAGCCCUUGGUGCGAUACUUCAAAUACGCCAAUUCGAAUGCAACUUCAGUCAGGAAGCUUGUGAAUAGCGCCGCCGAAGGAGCAAUUUCCUUUUUGAGCAGCCGCUAUUUCAAGGUGGGAAAAUACGAGGAGUUCAUCGAUGAGAUGCGUGGUCUUAACCUGCCGAUGGCGACAUACAUGCAAGCCGAGGCUUAUCGCAUACUCGAGGACUGUAGUCGCACGCCUCGCGUCUCGCGCUCCCGUUUCCUCGAACGUCGACAGGAGUGUCUGCAGCAGACCCAACAGCUCCUGCGCAACGACACAGACCAUCCGCUCAGCUCGUUGAUUACGAGUGAGCUAAUGCGCACCUAUCCAGUCGGCAUUGGCUCCAACACGCGCUUCAGUCUGGGCAAAAACGACUUGGACCCGUACGGUUCGGAUCCACAUAACAAUUCCAGUGCUUAUGAGGACGCUGAGGAUGAUUUCUAUGCGGCUGCCGCACACCAAGUCGCUUCAGUGCCCGCGCUCAAUCGCUCGAAACGUGCUCCAGAAACACCGGUCAACCAUGAGCUUGAGCAGUCUGUCAAGCAAAUGAACAAAGAAUUGUGUGUUUUUAAAGAGGAUGUGGGUGGGAAUAUGGAGGCCAUGCGAAAUGACAUCAAAAUUCUAACUGAGAAAUUUGCCAACCUGGAGGAACUACUCAAGAAGUGUCGCAUUAGUCGUGAAACUCCCACUCGCGAGGUAGAUGCGGCAGCUGCCGCUGCGGCUCUCGGUCUCGAUGAUCUCUUCAUUAUUGACGAGACUUUGGAACAACAACAGCGCGAACAGCAGCAGCAUCAACAACAACAACAGCAAUUGGCGGCGGUCUCCCAACCAGCUCCUAUCCAUGCAAUGCCCCCGUUUGGUCCCGGCUAUUUCAACAGUCCGCAUGUAACGCAAGAUCGAUUCUUCACACCAGCCAGCGCCACUCCUAAUGCCUUCAACAGUCCUAUUCCCUAUAAUCAGCAGCAGCAGCAACAAAUCUACAAUUAUUAUCAAUAUAUGCGCCCAUCUCCGGCAACGCAAGGCCUGCCGCCAAAUAUGCCGCCCGCCAAUCUUUUUGGUCCCCGCGGUCCGAACUACGGAAUGCCUAGUAUUUAUCCGCCGAAUGGCGGUACUUUCAUCGAUAAUUAUGGUAUGCCGCCUGCAGCUCCACCAAUUUUGCCGCAGCAGCCACUACUGCCACCAGUGGCGCCGGUGGCACCUGCAACCACACCAACAUUAGGCGUACCCUUAGGUCUGGGCGAUGGGAAGACGAGUUUCUUUAACAGCUCACCAUUUGCAGCAGCAGUCUCAACACCGACAGCAGCACCGCAGACCAGUGUGCAACCGCAGCCACAAUUACCGGCAGUCAAACCAGCUGUUCCACAACAAGUACAGCCACCAGUACCCGCGGCCACAUCAGUGUUUAAUCGCGUCUUAAAUAAUCAGCCAGUGGAAAAGGAACCGCCGGCCAAUGUGGUGAUCACUAAUUCAGAUCCGUUGCCCAAGCCUGGGCUAGCUGGCUCCAAUGUAGUAGCUGUGCAGCCAACACUAAGCGUAACGAUACCGUCGCAGCAUAUUAAGCCAAGUGUGGUGCCGGCCAGUGAACCACCACCAACCACUGCACCCAUAGUACCCAGCGCUUUGCCCACGAGCGGAUUCAGUUUCAAUUUUGGCGAUGUCGGUCAAAAGGCGACUGCCAAUACUAACAGUGGUACCAACUUCUUCAGUGUUUUCCCGAGCCAAGCUGGCACCGGCGCCACCAACUCGGUGACUACACCAUUUGGCAGCUCCUUCACUAAUGCGUCACCACCAGCUGACAGUACUACCUUCUCUUUCAAGAAUCAAGUGGCUCAAGCUGUGGCUCAGAAGGAAAAAGAGGAAGCUGAGACCAAAACCACUCCCCAGAACGACAGCACCAACAGUGAUCUAAACAAAAGCUUCUGCGCAGAUGGCUCUGCAGAGUUGGACUAUGAUCCGCGACCAGAUUUUAAGGGCAUCAUUCCAUUGCCUGAUGAAAUCGAUGUACGCACCGGUGAGGAGGAUGAGGAGAUUAUGUUCAGUCAUCGCGCUAAGCUUUACCGUCAUGCUGAAAAAGAAUGGAAGGAUCGUGGUACUGGUCUUAUUAAAAUAUUAAAGGAUAAGUCUGGUUCGUGUCGUAUUUUGAUGCGUCGCGAUCAGACACACAAAAUAUGCGCCAAUCAUAAGAUCAACAAGGAAAUGAAUUUAACCACACCCGUACAGGAUAAGGAAGCCAAAUCCUUUAUUUGGGUAGCCAACGAUUUUGCCGAUGAGGAACUACGCCUAGAGAAAUUGUUAGUGCGGUUUAAGCAGGCAGAUACAGCUGCCCAAUUCAAGAAGGCCUUCCAAGAGGCAAGCGGUGCAUCGGACGUGGUUGACAAUAAUAAAGGACAAACUAAUGGUGAAGCACCAUUGGCGGUGACAAAACCAUUUGCGCUUUCCAAGAGUACAGCCGUCACGUUUGUGACCAGCACACCUGCUCACAACAAUGCUAGCAGUGGUGGUACUGUGACAACAACAACCAAUGCUCAACAAGCGGACAACAAGGAAAAGAGCACCCCCGCCGAAGUCACAAGUACCGUGUCCAAGACUUUGUUCGGAGGCAUAAAUAUGAAAGCUGCUGUGGCCGCCACUACCACCACCUCAGGUAGCAACGCGACCUCUAUUGUCAGCACCACACCAACCACCAGCACCUCCACAACGGCAGCGACUUCAGCUGCAUCAUCGCCGUUUGCAAACUUUUCCUUUACCAAUAUGAACGCCAAGAAUGGUGCUUCGCCUUUCGGCAUAUUAACAUUUGGAACCACAUCGACAAUGUCAUCUUUCCUUAAUACGGACACCGUAGCUGAGCAAAACAAAUCAGCCAACGAAGUAGCGACUACACAGAGUGCGGAAGAUGCGGAGGAAUAUGAGCCAACAGCUCAGUUCACACCUGUCAUACCACUGCCGGAGCUAAUCGAAGUGGUUACCGGUGAAGAGCACGAAGUGGUGCUUUUCGAGCAUCGUGCCAAGUUGUUGCGUUUCGUCAAGGAGAGUGGGGAGUGGAAGGAGCGUGGCCUUGGCAACAUUAAGCUGCUACAGGAUCGCGACAAUGUGAAUCAGGUGCGUCUGGUAAUGCGUCGCGAGCAAAUCCACAAGCUAUGCUGUAAUCAGCGUUUGCUUAAGAACACCAAAUUUAAUCCGGCUAAAAACUCCAAAGUGGCUCUCACUUGGGCUGGUCAGGACUACUCGGAAGAGGAGCUGAGCACAGAGCUACUGUGCGUGCGCUUUAAAAACGCGGAGAUUUGCGAACAAUUCCACAAUGCUGUGUUAAAAGCUCAGGCUGCUAUGAGCGGUGAUGAUGAUGAACCCACUGAAACGCAGUCGGCGGCAUCACAGGAGCAGAAAGUGAAAUCAGAAGCGAAAGAAGCCGUAAAACCCGUAGUUAACGCAGAACCCAAGAGUUUCGGCGAUGCUUUCAAGCCCAAGGCUGGCUCCUGGCAAUGCAGUGGUUGCUAUACCACCAACGAUGGCACCCAACUUUAUUGCCUCUGCUGUGAGGCACCCAAGGACUCAACAGUGCCACCUAAGCAAGCAAGCUUGCAGACAGGGGGUGCCAUCAAUCUAAGCACCAGCAGCGCAGGAAAGUUCACAUUUGGCUUUCCGAGCGGCACUAAUAAUGCAAACAUAACCACCAGCACUGAGCCGAAGCCAUUUAGUUUCGGUUCGACAAAACCUGCGGAGAAAACUAGCAUCACCAACGUGGUUAGCACCACCAAUACCACCAAAACCACCACCGCCAGCGGCGGUUUUGGCGAUGCUUUUAAGCCAAAGGUUGGCUCCUGGCAGUGCGAUGGUUGCUACACCACCAACGAUGCCACUAAGGACUAUUGCAUUUGCUGCGAAGCGCCUAAGGAUGCGACAGUGCCACCCAAAAAAGAUAAUCAAUUGUUGGGAGGCACUGGUUUGCAGCUGCCUGCCACCACCAAGUUUACAUUCGGCUUUGGAGCACCAACGACCAGCACUUCCGACACCGCAAGCGUCGGCAGCACCGGAACAAUUAUGAAUAAUCUUUCGUCCACUUCAGUGGUGACGAGCAGUAUUUUCGGCGCUCCAUUGACCAGUUCAAAGAGUGAAGGCACCACCACCACCACCGCAACGCCCUUUGGUUCCAGUUCUUUCAAUUUCAAAGCACCCUCACUUCCAUUGACAAGCAGCACGCCAGCCUUGGGCUCCAAUACCUUUAGCUUCUCCAUGAACAAGGCGUCUGGAACGCAGCAACCAAAGAGUCCGUUGGCCGCUGAUGCUGAUGCAACCAAUACUGGCGAUGAUGAAUUGCAUGAAGAGGUGGAGGAAGAGGAAAACAACGCCUACUUUGCGCCCGUUAUUCCCCUACCUGAUAAGGUUGAUGUUGUAACUGGCGAGGAGGAUGAGGAAGUGCUCUAUAAACAUCGUGCGAAGCUUUACCGUCUGACCGAUGGCGAUUGGAAGGAACGCGGGCUUGGCGAUGUAAAGAUACUGCGUCACAGAAAAAAUAAAAAGCUGCGCGUGGUUAUGCGACGAGACAAAGUCCUAAAGACUUGCCUCAAUCAUAUACUGAAUUCUAGUGUAACAUACAAGGCGAAGGAUGACAAGUCCUGGUUGUUUGUGGUGCAUGACUUUAGCGAGGGAGAGAACGUUCUCGAACGCUUUACAUUGCGUUUCAAGAAUGCUGAUGUGGCGAAGGGCUUCGUUGAUGCCAUUAAGAGUGCUCUAAACGGAACAGCGCAGCCUAUAGCGGACGAUGAGGAUGCCUCCACGAACACCACCGAAGACUCUCUGUGCAGCGCCAACGUUUCCAUAUCCAACGACCUCAAAGCACUCGCCGAUAAAUUGAAAUUGGAUUAUGACUUUUUCACCAGCGAAACAAAGUGUCCAGGCUGUCGUGGCUGUGAUCCUGACAAAUUCAAUUAUGGAUCAGUCUCUCCAACCACAGCAACAAAUGUGUCCGCCUUGCCACUUGUUUUGCCAGCUUUACAAAUACCGGCGCCGCCAUCAACAACUCCAGAAAGUCGUUCAGUACUCAAGCCUGCCGCCUUUUCGCCUGCCACAACUCCAAAUGCCAAGAGCUUCAGCCUCUUCGGCUCUGCUGCUUCGGCAAAUUCCACUACUGUGGCACCUGGGACACCUACAACAGCAACAACAACGUCAGCGCCCAAGACGGAUGCUGUGAAUUUCUCGUUUACAAACGCAUUCAAUGCAUCACAGGAAGUCAAGACGCCAUCCAGUGGAGGUUUCCUCUUUGGUAACACAGAAAAAUCCGUCUUUGGUCGGGCGUGCUUUGGCAACACAACAAGUCAACAGUCGAUUUUUGGCGGCAACAACUCUACGGCUUCUGACAGUAACAGCACUAUGAAUAUUUUCGGUGGAGCGUUGAAUAAGAAGAAUGAAGUUGCUACAACAAAUCAAACAGAAACGAAGAACGCUACCGAAAACAGCACAAAGUCAAUUUUUGGCUCAUUUAAUACAAAUGUAGGUUCAGGAAACUCCCUCUUCUCUGGUGGCAAUAUUUUUGGUGGUAGUCCCAAUACCAAUGCCAGCCAAGGCAAUUUUUUGUUUGGCUCGGCUGCCAACGCAACUCCGACGCCAACGUUUGGAAGUGUUGCGGCUAAGGAACAGACUACGAUUACGUUUUCUGAUUUAGCCAAUAAAAAGGAAGUCAUCGAUGAUGUCAAGGAGAAUAAGGAAAACAAUAACGCCAAUGUUAAGCCGACGGCUUCUGUGCCACCAGCAAAUAGUUUCGCAACGUUAGCAGCCAAGGCAAGCGAAAACAAUAAUACUGGAAAUGCGACACAGACGAACACGUUCGCUGAUCUGGCGGCUAAGGCGGGCGACGAUUUUGCUACCUUGGCUGCUAAGAGUACUGCGAGUCCGAAUGCGUUCCAGAAGUCUAGUACUGGCGGCUUUUUCGGACUGACUCAUCAGGACGCAUUCAAGAGUUUUUCAUCGCCGGCAUUUAACGACAGCGCCAAGAAUAAAUCCCUAGGUGGUAAUAAUAAUGAUGCCAGCAAUACUGAAGACGCAACCGAUGAGAACUAUGAUCCUCAUUAUGAUCCCAUAAUUGCAUUACCCGAUGAAAUUGUAGUUUCCACGGGCGAGGAACAUGAGACGAAGCUGUUUGGCGAGCGAGCAACACUCUAUCGUUUUGAUAGCGAUCUAAAGGAGUGGAAGGAACGCGGUGUUGGAGAACUAAAGAUAUUAAAGCAUAACGACCUAAAAACUUGCCGCAUGGUUAUGCGACGCGAGCAAAUCCACAAAUUGGUAUUAAACAUGCAGAUUGUGGAACGAUUCAAGGUUGACUACAUGAACAACAACAAAAAGAGUUUUGUGUGGGCGCAUUUAAACUACGCCGAGUCUAGCGAAGGCAUUUUGGAGCGCUUGGCAUGCCGUUUCAGGAAACAGGAGUCUGCGGAUAGUUUCCUUGAGGUUAUCAACUCAUGCAUACCGAAGGGCUCUUCGUCGGAUGGUUCCACAUAUGAUGUCUAGAUGCGCCUGGAUUAUAUAAUUACACAAGAAUUACGUACGUUAAUUUAUAGCAUCUAAAAUUAAAUGUAGCAUGUAUUGAUUGUUGUAUCCUUGCAAAAUUACACGGAAUAAAGAUACUUUGAAAAAGG